AGGAUGGACUCCUCCACAAAAAUCAAUAACGCUGCAGACAUCUUGGUCAUAGUCCUCUAUUUCUUGGUAACCCUGGCAGUGGGAAUAUGGGCCAUGUUCUUGUCUAACCGAGGGACAGUGGGAGGAUUCUUCCUGGCUGGACGUAAAAUGGUGUGGUGGCCGAUUGGUGCUUCUCUGUUUGCCAGUAACAUUGGCAGUGGGCACUUUGUGGGCUUGGCAGGCACAGGAGCGGCUGCAGGAAUCGCCAUUGCAGGAUUUGAAUGGAACGCCCUGAUAAUUGUAUUUGCUCUUGGCUGGUUGUUUGUACCCAUCUACAUCAGGGCUGGGGUGGUGACAAUGCCAGAGUAUCUCAAGAAGCGCUUUGGUGGCCGACGGAUUCAGAUGUAUCUGUCAGUCCUUUCUCUGCUCCUCUAUAUUUUCACCAAGAUCUCAGCAGAUAUGUUCUCUGGAGCUAUAUUUAUCCAAAUGGCCAUGGGGCUAAAUCUUUAUUUGGCAAUAAUCAUACUGCUGGCUGUUACUGGUCUUUACACGAUCACAGGUGGUCUUGCUGCUGUGAUUUACACAGACACUUUACAGACCAUCAUCAUGCUGGUGGGAUCCUUUAUUCUCACCGGAUUUGCAUUUGCCAAAGUAGGAGGAUAUGAGGCCUUUAUGGAGAAAUAUAUGAAUGCAAUUCCAGGAAACACCUCAUAUGGAAACAUUAACAUUGACCCAAAAUGCUACACCCCUCGGGCAGAUUCUUUCCACAUCUUCCGAGACCCAAUCACUGGAGACCUGCCAUGGCCGGGGCUUACCUUUGGCUUGAGCAUCCUUGCUUUGUGGUACUGGUGCACAGAUCAGGUUAUUGUUCAGCGAUGUCUCUCAGCCAAGAACAUGUCCCAUGUGAAGGCCGGCUGUGUCAUGUGUGGGUACCUGAAGCUGCUGCCCAUGUUUGUGAUGGUGAUGCCUGGGAUGAUCAGUCGAAUUCUGUACACAGAUACGGUGGCUUGUGUCGUGCCCUCAGAAUGUGAGAAAUACUGUGGCACCAAAGUUGGCUGUUCAAACGUUGCUUAUCCAAAAAUGGUGGUGGACCUUAUGCCGAAUGGUUUGCGAGGUCUGAUGUUGUCAGUCAUGUUGGCCUCUCUCAUGAGCUCCCUGACUUCCAUUUUUAAUAGUGCUAGCACUCUGUUCACCAUGGACAUCUACACCAAAAUACGAUCCCGGGCAACUGAGAGAGAGCUCAUGCUGGCUGGAAGGUUAUUUAUUUUAGCUUUAAUUGGUAUCAGCAUUGCUUGGAUUCCUGUGGUGCAGUCAGCUCAGAGCGGGCAGCUCUUUGAUUAUAUACAGUCUAUCACCAGCUACCUGGGGCCACCCAUUGCUGCUGUCUUCCUGCUUGCUAUCUUCUGUAAGAGGGUCAAUGAGGAG